AUGCGGCGCGCUUCUCCUUCUGGGCGCCGCGACAUCCUUUCUGCGACUCUUCCUCCUGGAGACAACGCGGAAGUGACACAGACGAGCCGCAUUCUCAUCGACCUCUCCUUCGGCAUCCGCUGUGCGAUUUCUGCCUCCAUCGGUGUCAUCGCAGCCUCCUCGCUGGCGCCGACGUCGUUUCUUCUCUCGCUUUUGCUUCCAACGGCAGCAGCGGGGUUUCUGCUUCGCGCAACAGCUAAGCGGUCCCGUCAGCUCCAGAGCGCCCAAACCCGGGCGCUGUCUUCGACGUUGGCCCACGCCUCGCAAGUCCUGCAAAACCGGAAAUCUGUCCGAUCUCUCAACGCCGAGGCCUUCGAGAUCGCAAAGUUCCACGCGGGCUUAGAGGGAGUCUACAAGGUGGCUCGGCGCAGCGCCGUCGCGGUGGGUGCACGUCACGGCCUCGUCUUUGCACUUGGAGGAGGUUUUCUUCUUCACGUGAUCCAGCGCGCUGGAAGCUUCAUUUCGGCAGGCGCUUUGUCCCUCGGCGACGUCACGGCGUUAGCCAUGUACUGCGUGAUGGCGGGGUCAUCUCUCCAAGGCUGUGUCACUGCGUACGGAGACAUCCAGCGAACGCUGGGGACAGCGGGGAAAGUUCUCAGCGCGAUUUCUGAUGCCUCUGACGAUAAAGAACCUCGGCGAGGCGCAAAGCACGCCCACCUUGGCUCUCCGCUGCCGCCGCUCUUGGCCGCUUCUUCUUCUCUUGUGGACGCGGCUCAGGGCGGGCUGGAUGGCGGAGACAAGGGUAUGGCUGUAACUUUCAACGACGUCCACUUUGCGUAUCCAGAUCGGCCUGGACAGCCUGUGCUUCGAGGGGUUGACCUGCACGUGCCUCCGGGCGCCUUUCUGGGCAUUCUAGGUCCAAGCGGCAGCGGGAAAUCCACAGUCGCCACUCUUCUCCUCCGGCUGUACGACCCUGUCGAGGGCGAGAUUCUCUUGGACGGCACGCCGACGGGAAGGCUCGACGCGCAGCGUGUGCGCAGUUUGAUCACCCCCGUGACGCAAGAGAACCUUCUGCUGGCGACGAGUGUGAAGGAGAAUGUGGAGUACGCUGUCCGCGCUAACGAUGUGUUGACUGGCGCCAAAACGCCGAUCCCCGACCUUGAAGGGCGAGUGGGCGAGGCAUGUGCACUCGCUGCUGUCUCCGAAUUUGCCGCACACUUGCCUCGCCAACUCGACACGGUUCUCGACGAAAAGGCGCUUUCUCUGUCAGGUGGACAACGCCAGCGCAUCUGUCUCGCCCGCGCUCUUUGUCGCCUGAUUCCUUCGUCCUCUCUCUCUUCUUCCUCGGGUCUCUCUAGAGUUUCGUUGGGCGAAGAGGGCCGGCCUCGCCUUCUGCUUCUCGACGAGGCGACGUCCGCGUUAGACGUGCCGACGGAGCGGCUAGUGCUUGGCCACAUCAAGCAGGCUCUCGCGGGCAGAACUGCGAUCUUCAUCACGCACAGGCUGAGUGUGCUGGACUACGUUGACCACGUGGCGGUGAUGAGCGAAGGCCGUGUCGUACAAAGUGGCGAAAAGGCGGCCGUGCUCGCCGACCCGUGCAAGGAACUCCGCCACAUCCUCAACUGCAAUGCCUCCUGCAACUGA